AUGGAUUUUGCGGAAGAUGAAGUGACUGUCUUUGUUGAUACUAACUUGGGAACCCGAAUCGCCAUGACUGUUCAUAUCAAUAUCACAUCAAGAGAUUUCAAGGGAAAACUUGAGAAAACACACGCGAGUUGCUUACCGAGCUUAGAGGAGAUACGAGUUCAUGGUCUAAUGGUUAAACGAAAGUCUCAGUUUUAUUACAUUGCGGAAUCUAUGCCUAUAAAGUACGUCUUCCGGGAUAACCAAAGGCCCUGGUUUAUCCACGCAGAAGCUAGACUUGUUAACGGAUCACAAGAGCCAACCGUAUCCAGCAGCAUUGUUAAAUCCCAAAUUAGACAUUGCUCUGGUGAAAGCAAGAAGAAAAAGAAAUCUCGGACCAAACCGAUGAUGCCAAAACAUGAUUCAAGAAACCUUGCAUCUCUUGACAAGAGAGAGUUUCUUGGUCCUUCCACAUCUGCACCUGAAGCCAUAAUAAGAUCUCCAUUGUCAGUUCCAAGAGCUGACUCUGAAUGUUUCAACGGCUGCGUACCGAAAACGCCAGAGAGGAAACCUGGAGAUUCGGUGAGUAAAAGCGAAACGGUAAGCAAGAAACUAACAGUGGCUGCAAACAACAUCACAAUGCAAGGAAAGAGUCAUCUCUCUUCUUCACUAUCAUCAUCUAUUUUCAGAAGCAAGACUCGCAGAAAGAGAUCUUUAGAUGGUAAGACAAUCGCUUCUCUUGCAAAAUUUCUAGUCUUUCAGUUUCCGGAUUGA